GAGAGCAUCAACCCCAAAUCAUUAGAAGACAAUGACCAAACCCUCUGUGAUGUGGAUUAUUUCCAGGUACUUUUCCAGAAUAGGAAAGUAUUCAAGUUGCUUUAAAUCAGUGGCCCUCACCCCUGAUGGUGUAGUAGGAUAACCAGUGGAGUUUUCAAGACAAAAACUUGACUUCCUGGGCCUUACACCCAGAGAUUCUGAUUUACUUGUUCUUAGGUAGGACCUAAGAAUUUUUAAAAGUUCAUGAGUAGGUGGAGUUGAGAGUGCAUUGUAUAAAGAGAGGGAGACAAUUGGGACCAAGCCCUGGCCACUUUAUCUUCAACAUCGUUUCAGUUACUUGUACAGUUCAUUGUCCUUUUCCUAGUCAGUGACCUGGAUUCCUUUCAGUCUUGGAACCCCAGGCAAGGAUAAAGGGGGUCAACAGAGCAGGUCACAGAUGGGAGAACAGACCGGGGCAGCUGCCUUUGUGUCUCAUGUCAGGAGUCAACCCUGUUACGAGUCCAAGAUCAUACUGCUGGCCUCACUACAGGUCAAUGAAUUGAGACACCAAUUGUUGGGGCAAAGAAUGAUGACUUUGUUCAAAAGUCUGCAGACCGAGACUUUUGACGCACAUCCCAAAAAGCCAUCUUGCCUGAGUUAGACUUCAGGCUUCUUUUAUACUAAAAGGAGAGGAAGCAAAGUCAAACAUUUCCUGGUUCUGGUCAGCCGCCAGAGGGGAUAUGUUAAUUUCUUCCUCCCUAAAAGGAACCCUUUCCAAACUAUUUCCCACUGUGCCUCCUCUGUCAGGUUCAAGUGACGGUUAACAGUAACACCAGCAACAAAUCAACAACUGAACAGCCCAGUUUCACAGCUCAGAUAAAAAGAGCAAUUUCCUACAGACUUGCCAGGGUGCAGGCCCAGCUCCACAGAGCAAAGAGAAGAGGUGGCUCUGGGCCUGGGGCUCCCCUUGCAUGUUGGAGUCCUAGGUGUCAGGAAUGGGUGUGGAGUUAGAAUGCUCAAGGCUUAUGUGAGCUCUGCGCCGAGCUGCUCUGAAUGACUGAUUCAGGCUCGUAACACCAUGAAGGUGACCCAGGUUCAAUCCCUGCAUUGGGAAGAUCUCCUGGAGAAGGAAGUGGCAACCCACUCGAGUAUUCUUGCCUGGAAAAUCCCAUGGACGGAGGAGCUUAUUAGGCUGCAGUCCAUGGGGUUGCAAAGAGUUGGACACAACUGAGCGACUUCACUUCACUUCACUACAUAAAUAGAUUAAUAUUAAAAUCGGAAGUUUGUAUCUUUUGCUGGGUAUUGGAGAUUGACUGUAAUGGCAACGGAAUUUAUAAAGAGUUGUUGUAGAGGAUGUUUCUAUGGUGGAAGAGAAAAACACAACUUAUCUGUGGAAAGAGACUUCAAAGCAGCAGUAUCACACAGUCAAAAUACUACUAUCUCUAUACCCCCAUUGACUUCUGUUUCUGUAAAGCCUCAGGUUGGCUGUUCUGAGGAUUAUUUACUUUCCAAGUUACCAUCUGAUGGCAAAGAAGUACCAUUUGUGGUGCCCAGGUUUAAGUUAUCUUAUAUUCAGCCCAGGACUCAAGGAACUCCUUCACAGUUGGAAGAACUAGAAGGAUCUGCCAGAGCAUCUUUUGGAGAUAGAAAGGCAGAACUUUCCAGUUCAGCCCAGCAUGGACCCAGCUAUGAUGUAUAUAACCCAUUCUAUAAGUACCAGCAUGUGUCACCUGAUUUGAGUCGGCGCUUUCCUCCUCGUUCUGAAGCAACAAGACUAUAUGGAUCAGUUUGUGACUUAAGGACCAACAGACUUCCCAGUCCCCCUGGGCUAAGCAAGUCUAUGUUUGAUCUUACAAGUUCAUCUCAGCGGUUCAUUCAGAGACAUGAUUCGUUGUCCAGUGUGCCUAGUAGCUCUUCUUCGAGGAAAAAUUCUCAGGGGAGUAACAGAAGCCUGGACACAAUUACUCUAUCAGGAGAUGAAAGAGACUGGGGGAGAUUAAAUGUGAAAGUGUUUUAUAAUUCUUCAGUAGAACAGAUCUGGAUCACAGUUUUACAGUGCAGAGAUUUAAGUUGGCCCUCUAGGUAUGGAGAUACUCCUACUAUUUCUGUAAAAGGAAUACUAACAUUGCCCAAACCAGUGCAUUUCAAAUCUUCAGUCAAGGAAGGCUCUAAUAAUAUUGAAUUUAUGGAAACUUUUGUAUUUUCUAUUAAACUCCAAAGUCUACAAACUGUGAGACUUGUAUUUAAGAUUCAAACCCAAACUCCCAGGAAGAAAACCAUUGGAGAAUGCUCACUGUCACUCAGAACUCUUAGCACACAGGAAAUGGAUUACUCUCUGGACAUAUCACCACCUUCAAAAGUUUCUGUUUGCCAUGCAGAACUUGAACUGGGGACUUGUUUUCAAGCAGUGAAUAGCAGAAUUCAGUUACAAAUUCUUGAGGCACAGUACCUUCCAAGUUCAUCAACACCCCUAACUUUGAGUUUUUUUGUGAAAGUGGCAAUGUUUAGCUCAGGAGAGUUGAUUUAUAAGAAGAAGACACGCUUACUGAAGGCCUCCAAUGGAAGAGUAAAGUGGGGAGAGACUAUGAUUUUUCCACUUAUACAGAGUGAAAAAGAAAUUAUUUUUCUCAUUAAGCUUUAUAGUCGAAGCUCUGUAGGAAGAAGACACUUUGUGGGACAGAUUUGGAUAAGUGAAGAUAGUAAUAACACUGAAGCAGUGAGCCAGUGGAAAGAGACAGUCACACAUCCAGAAAAGGUUGUUAUUAAGUGGCACAAAUUAAAUCCAUCUUGAAGAUGCCGCACAUUAAUUUGGUGACGAACUUGACAUUCUUUUCGAAGACAUGAUUUUAAUUUGCUACCAAUUUAAAGAGACAAAUCAGUACAUUUGUUAAUUUAUUUAUGAAUUACAUUAUUAAUUACAUAUUAUAGUAAUAUAAUGGAUCUAAUAGAAAAAUUAAACUUGGUAAAAAAUGGGAUGAAUUGUAUCAGAUAUCCAAAGUAAAGGAAAUGUUUUAGACAGUAGGGCAACUAAAUAAAUUAUAAAGUCAGUAGGAAUAUCAGUCAUAGAUAGUUACUGCUAUAUAAUGGUUAUGAGUAUUUUAAAGCUUUACAUAGAUAUUAAAAAUCCAGUAUAUCAAGUCUCUGUUAGUACAAGUGGACAUAUAGAAGACUGCCACUGUUUCAGUGUUAGUCAUUAUUGAUUAUAUCUUAACUCUACUGUUUUAACUCCUUGCUACAUAUUUUCCCUCAGAAAGCAAAAAUGAAUUGAACCACUUCAACUCUUCUUAUUUGGGGAAAGUUUGUGGCCUAUGUUUACCAUUAUUUACCCAUAAGUUGUCACAUUGCGACUUUAUAAGCUAUUUAUCUCUAAGAAAUCUCAGAUAUAGAAAACUACAUUUUGGCAAGAGUAGAAUAAACGAAAACACUAGAAGGUUGAAGUUUAAUUGGAAAUUCAGUGUACACACAUUUUUCUGUAAGGUUAUCAUCCAUAUAGCCCAUCCUAAUUAGCAGAAUUAAAUGAGCUUAAAUAACAAAUUCAAUAUUUUAUGAUAAUCACUUAUUUGUUUUUAGUUUUUUAAAUAUAAAUUACUAUAAUCCACAACAUUAGAAUAUUUUCCUAUGCUUUAAAACUGACCAUACAUGGUAACAUUAUGUAGCAAACACAUAUUUUCUGUUACAGUUUUUCUCAGGUACUCACUACAACUCAAUAUGUAGGGAUAAUUUCAGUUUAGUUGGUCAGACAAGCUGUGAUCAAAUAAACACAGUCAUUUGGAGAAAUCAGUAACACCAUUCCUGAUCUUGGAAAAUAUGACUUUAUUUUUGCUAAUGGGUAGUCUAAGUGAUUCAUCUUCCAUUUUUUUUUCCUCUUACCUUGUCCACACAUGCCAAAGAUAAAUAGUGAUAUUUUAGGUCAGAAGUAUACUUUGCUGUAACUUAAGUAUGCCCUUUUUAUUCUGAUUCUUGGUCUGUGUAUCUCAUUCAGUUCAGUUCAGUUGCUCAGUUGUGUCCGACUCUUUGCGACCCCGUGGACUGCAGCAGGCCAGGCCUCCCUGUCCAUCACCAACUCCCGGAGUUUACCCAAACUCAUGUCCAUUGAGUCGGUGAUGCUAUCCAACCAUCUCAUCCUCUGUCGUCCCCUUCUCCCACCUUCAAUCUUUCCCGGCAUCAGUUAAGAUUUCCCAAAUAAACACUAAUUCCCCUUUUCCUGAGUACCACCUGCUCAAGCUACAAAACAUGCAGAGUUGACAUGCCCUUUGCUUCUGCUUCUAGAGUUACGGUAUAUUGGAGGUGUUGACAGGUACUCUCUGACACUCUGAGUUUUGAAAUAAUUUUUUUUAGAUUUGUGAAAAAUGGCAUAUUGGUGAGUACUCAUAUGAACUUUCAAGAGAAAUCACCUUGAGUGGAGGUAUUUUGUGUCUUUGAGACAGAUGGCAGUCAUUUAAAACAACUUUUAUUUUUUUUAUUAUUUUUUUUUGUGUGUGUGUAAUAAAGUUUUAUUAAAGUAUAAAGGAGAUAGAGAAAGCUUCUGACAUAGGCAUCAGAAGGGGGCAAAAGAGUACCCCCUUUGCUAGUGUUAGCAAUGGAGUUACAUACUCUCCAGUGAAUCCAAAGAAUGUCUGGAGGUUGUAAAGACCUCACCAGACCUACUCCCAUAAUUUACAUUUUAAGAUAACAGAGUUGGCCAGAAGGUUUAAUCCAAAGAUUGUCCUCAGGCAGGAUACAUCCUUGUAAAGACCAGACCUACUCCCAUAAUUUAUGUUUUAAGAUAACAGAAUUAGCCAGAGGGUUUAAUCCAAACUGUCCUCAGGCAGGAUACAUUAUUGUUAUAUAAUCCUAAGGAAUGUAGAGGAAAAAAAGGAAAAAAGUUUGUCCUUUCUUCCUCCUUGAAUAUCCCAGACCUCUCUCUCCUUGGGGACCCCUAGACUUCUUAUCAACCUGCCUAGGAAAUGACUCUCUCAUUCCCCCCUUUUCUUUUAGGAGAAUUAUGUUGCCUAGGGAAAAGGGGCGUCGUUCUCAUUCCAUAACUGCUUCCAAGCUGACAAGGGGCAUUGUCCCUAAACUGGUGAGGCAACAUAUUCUCCUAAUCCUCAUAGUGAGGAUGUCUGAUCCAGGGGCUCCAAGUAAUAGUUGGAGGAGGCUGUGGCACUCAUAGGAGCUCGGACAACUAUUUGUAAAUUAAAAGCUUUUAGACAGUUAGAAAACCCCAUUAUACAGUUACAGAUGUAAGGCAAAAUAGUCAUUAAACCAAGUUAAAAUCAAAAUGAAAAGUCACAUUAUGUCCAUAGUUACAUCAGUCCGUCUUAAGGUUGUAAAACAACUUUUAGAAAAUAGACUUUAUUUUUUUAGAGCAGUUUUAGAUUCACAGCAAAAUUGAGAGGAAGGUACAGAGAGUUCUCAUAUACCCUCUACCCCCACAUUUACACAGCCUUCCUUGCUACCAACACCUUGCUCUGUAGUGGUAUAUUUGUUAAAAUCACUGAACCUUCAUUGACAUGUCAUCACCCAAAGUCCAUAGUUUAUUUUAGGGUUCACUCUUUAUGUUGUACAUUCUAUGAGUUUGACAAAUACACAAAUGACAUGUAUCCACCACUCUAAUGUCACACAGAGUAGUGUCACUGCCCUAAAAAUUCUCUGCAAAUACAACCAUUUGAAUAGUUAAGAAUGAAGUAAAUAUAUCAUUGUCUUUUAGAUAAGUAAGAGACUUUCUUGUUUUUAAAAAAUCUAGAAUUUUAUUUUAGCAAUUUUUUUGUGCUCUAGUAAUGCUUUCAAUUCCUAAAUUUAUUACAAGUAGUCAUGUAUUUAAUGAAACUUCUAAUUAUUUUAUUUAAUUUUCAAUAAUUUUAAUAUGUGUGUAGUGUAUAAUUUGAAGGAAAGGUAUACUUCUUGGUUUCUUGUGUGUCUUAGAAUCCUAGGUAAAUAAAAUAAAAUUUAAAAAAUCUUUUUAUUUUAAGGACUUCAGUUAGAGAAGUGUUUGACACAACUAAGAUCCCAAAUAUUUUAAUUAGUGUUUACUUAAGCCUUUUUCAAAUGAAGUAGUACUGAAUAGGAGAUGUUCUUACUGUUUCCUUGAAGCUUUACCUAGAAAUAUAAAAAGAAACACACUGUUCUAUUAAUAGCUACUCAUGAGAAAAAACAUUAGAAACUGGUAAUAAAAAAUUAAAUACUAUGCAAAAAAUUACUUCUCUUUGUACUUACUUGGCAUUUUUUUUACCUUUACCCACUUAUAAAUGAGACAGAACUAAAAUGAUGCUGGGCAACCAGAGAAAAGCAGGGAGGGUUCACACUGAUAGCUAACAGCUUGCACAGUGCUAAUCUCUAACAGUGUAUUUAUUUAUAAGUCUUCAGAUUAAUACAAUUAAAUAGCUGCAGUCCAUGUCAAAAUAUAACUUCAUUGUUUGGCUCUUGUUUGGUUUUCUAUGAUUUUUUUUAGCAGAACUAGAGAACUUACCACUGAAGUAUAUCAGUUCAGAGGGAACCAGUGGUAUUUUAAACGUAGGUUAUAUAGUCAUGGUCUGAAAAUAACCUAAAUUGAUCUUUUGUUUGAAUACAGUUAUGUGAAUUUCUCUGAUACUAAUGUACAAAAAGUAUAUUUCCCAACAAAAAUUUCCACUGUUUGUUUAAUCAAAUAAUGGUUUGUUUAUGAAGGAUUUCAGAAAUUUACAAUAAAUAUCAACUUUUUAUAUUA